UUUUUUGCUUUUAUCUCGCGUGUAGAGUUCGGUCAUUACCAUUUCAUAUUCCUCAACAACCUGUUUCACCAUGUCUUUGGAGCCUCAGCAACAACCCACCUUCCACCGCGGCAGCUUUGUCGACGAGAUCGAAACAGCCCGAACUGAUCUCGCUCGUAAGCUGCUCGUCGGAGACUCCCCACAGGCAAGCCCUUCUGAGUCGGAGACCGCCCCGUCUCUGAGCCCGACCGCCAGCGCCACUCCUUCCAGCCCGGAGUCGGAUGCUGCCAUCUCCCCUAUUUCUCCCCCUGUCGACGAUCAAUUUGUCGCAGACAGCUUCGCCUUCGCCUUCGAUAUCGAUGGUGUCCUCGUCAGAGGUGGCCGUCCCAUCCCUGAAGCCAUCCAGGCUAUGAAGGUUCUCAACGGCGACAACCAAUAUGGAAUUAAGAUCCCGUACAUCUUCUUGACCAACGGCGGUGGCAAGACCGAGGCCGAGCGCUGCGGCGACCUCUCCCGCCAGUUGGACAUCGAAAUUUCUCCGGCUCAGUUCAUCUGCGGUCACACACCUAUGUCCGAGAUGGCUACCAAGUACAACACCGUUUUAGUCGUCGGAGGUGAGGGCGAGAAGUGCCGUACCGUUGCACAAGGUUACGGCUUUAAGGAUGUUGUCACACCCGGCGACAUCAUCAAGGCUGAUGCCGCUACCACUCCGUUCCGCAAGUUGACCCCCGAGGAACUUCGCAACUCCAAGGAGCGGGACUUCAGCAAGGUCACUAUUGAGGCUAUCUUUGUCUUUGCCGACUCCCGCGACUGGGCCGGAGAUCUCCAAAUUAUCUUAGAUCUGGCCAUGUCUAAGGGCGGUCGCAUCGGCACUCUUUCCGAGACUUUCGACGAGGGCCCACCGAUCUUCUUCUCUCACAACGAUGUCGUUUGGUCUGCCGCUCACGACAACGUCCGUCUCGGCAUGGGUGCCCUACGGGGUAUCGUCGAGUACACCUUCAAGGAGGUCACUAAGGGCAAGACAUUAGAAACACACGCCUUUGGCAAACCUCAAAUCGGAACUUUCGAGUUCGCCACUCGCCUACUAAAGCGAUGGCGCAAGAAUGAGCACCAUCUCAACGCACCCCCUAACACCGUCUACUUCGUUGGUGACACACCCGAGAGUGAUAUUCGGGGAACCAACCAAUAUAACGAAAAGGCCGAAAACGACUGGUACAGCAUUCUGGUCAAGACCGGAGUUUACCAGGAUGGUACAGAACCGGCCUACAAGCCACGCGUAACCGUCAACACGGUGCUGGACGCCGUAAACCACGGCAUCGAGCGCGAAAUGGAGCGCAAGAGGAAAAUGCAAUCUCAGCGUCCUCAAAAGCCUCGCUUAGCUGAUAUGCCCAAGUUGAGCCUAGAAGAGGCGCAAGACCUUGCUGUCUUCAGUCCCGCCGAAGAACGCCCGCUCGAGCUUACUGCAUAAUUAUUACGAACUUAUGACUAGCACAUGAUUCUAAAGGGAAUACUUUCAUGAUACCACUGUUGUUUUUACAUCUUAUAUAUUUUUACUACUAUUACUAUUCAUUACAUAUACUCUUCAUGCAUGGGAUCAUGCUGUGGAAAGGGCAUUCGUUCGGUUUACAAUGUUUGGAUAAUAAUUGUCCUCGUUGUUGAUAUUGGGGUCAAUAGGUGUUGUUUACCAUGUCUAUCUACCCAUCUAGAAGACUUGUCGGAUCUUGUGCAUUAGGAGGCGUUAUUGAUAUAAAACGAUAAAUAUUUGAUAUAUAAAUUUUAUAUAGCGAAGCUUAAUUAAAGCUUUUACAAGUUA